AUGGGCUGCCAGGCCGCGAGCCUCCGGCUGCCGGGGCCGGGCGCCGCGUUCCCGCGCUGCGAGCGGCAGUGCGUCGUCGUCGUGGGCGGCGAGAGCGGAGAAGACAGCGGGGAGCUCGGAGGCGCGGCAGCUGAGCAGCGUCCUGGUGUACGACGCCAAGACGGACGAGUGGUGGCCGCAGGACGCCUUUCCGCCGAUGCCCACGCCGAGGACGGCCAUGGCGCUCGUCGUGGGGCCGGGCAAGGUCGUGGGCUGCCCGUGAGAGAUGCCCCUGCCCUGGACAGCGGCAGCGCAGCGCCCACCGAUUUGAUUGUAAGGUAA